AUGCAAUAACAGCAUAUUAACAUCAGAGACGACAAUAAUUGCAACAUCUCUUCACAAACUGCACAUACAGAAAAUCUAUCUAAAUCCCUACUUAAUCAGUAUAAUAAUCUCAACUAGACACCUGUAUCCAAAAAUAAUAACGCAUUUAAAUCUCCAGCACCUUCAAGCAAGAAAUACUUAAGUGUGCAUAAUAUAAAAUCACCAGGAGUCUCGAAUCAUGGCAAAAAUGGUAUGUCGAACUCUAAACAUCAUUAAAACUAGACCGAUAGUUGGAUGAUCUCUCCAGUUUGCUCUAGACUAAGAGAGCACAUCUAAAUGAUGAAUGGAUAUGCUCAAAAAGAGAGGCUGUUCCUGCAUUCACCAAUGACUAAUCAGAUGGCUUGGCCGCUAGCUUCACCAGCUAUUAAUAAUAUGAGAGGUAUAGCCCAAGUUUCCACUGCUCCAAACACCUCUACUUGUCAGAAAUAUGUCACUAACAAUACAUAGGAAGCGUUUAGUGAUGCUAAAGUUAUUGAGGGAGUUGAUUCCCCUCUUGUAAUCAGAAAAUUUAAUGAUCAUGAGAUUAACUAAACAGGAUUGCUAUGUACACUCAAUAAAAAUCAUUAGUAGUCUGAUAGUAAAAAUCAAUAGGAACAACAUUGGAAGAAUAUUUAGGACUACAUUCCAUAUAACUUUGAUGAAGUAUGCUUUAGGUUAGAGAACUAAGCUGAUCAAAACAAACUAAACUCCCUUUAGGGCAGUAAUAGAAAAGAUAUCUAGGUCCUUAAAUUACCUAAUUCUGGAAAUAUGGCAUUUAAGCUCAAUCUAGCAUAGUCUCACCAACCAUAGCCCUCUAAUAGUAUUAAUUAGAUGGUCUUUUACAAGAUGGAAGAUGAUAUGAAUGAGGAUAGUUACUCCUCUGAUAAUAUGGACAAUGAUAAUGACAGUGAAUCACUCUAACAAUAAGUAUCAGACAACAUGAAAAACUGCAAAAAACUAAUUAGCAGAUGUUACAGUGGACAAGAUAGUGCAAAUUAUGAGAGAAUAAUACGUAAACGUAAAAGAAAGUCUACUGACUAGCUUAAAAUUUUAAUGAGAGAAUUCGAUAGAAAUCCAAAUUGGUCAAAGGAGACGUUACUUGAGGUUUCUAGAAAAACAGGGCUGAGUGAGGCCUAAGUUUACAAAUGGGGAUGGGAUUAAAAGAGAAAGAAAUACGGACCAGAAAUUGCUGCAAUGAUGAUGGUUCCUUUUGAUUAAAUGGACUUCUAGGACUCUUAUUAGCCAUCUUAAUUUAUUGAUUACGAGGCGCUUCAAAUGUAAGGCUAGGGAAACAAUUUCAAGUAAUUGAUUUAAGAAAAUAAUCAUUCUUCGAAAAGAUAAGGUUUCAGCCACAUUCCUUUCCCAAAUGAGAGCUUAUUAGAUCAAUUGUCAAACCAACUAGCACAUGAAGAAUCAAUCACCUAAAAUCAAUUGAAUAUAAGUAAAUAAGAAUAAAAUCAAGCUAAAAAGACUCUAAGUUCUGAAAAACCAGCUGAGUUAAGAGUCAAAUCUGCACUAAAGAGAACUCUAGAUUCUUCUAAAUCAAGCAAAAAUUAGCCAAGAAUAACAGUAGAGAACAAUGAGGACUAGGUUAGAGUAAGAAUCUAACUUGAUUCAAAUGAGAAGAACCAUAAAUCAGGUAAUAAGAAUCACCAUAGCACGCUUAAAAUCAAUCCAGACUCUCAAAAAAAUGAUUCUCUUCUAAUUAAUACUCCAGCUAACGACCAUGCAGGCGAAAAGAAGCGAUAACUUAAGGCUGAGAGUAAAGAAAAGAGCAGGCUUCACAAGCACUCCGAUGAAAAUAAAGAAAAUGGGAAAGCCUACGCACCAGUUUUAAAUUUAAACAAAGAUCUCAACAAAAUAAGCCUUGAAAGAGAUCAAAGAAAGACUAGAUCAGGCAAAACUGUAUAAAUUAAUCCAUCAAAAAUUCUGGAAGAUUGCACUCCAGAGCCAAUUUUAUAGAACGAUAAGAAAAAACUAAGAGAGCAAAGAGUUCUCAGAAAAAUUAAUAAUCGUUGA